UUUCUUCACUCCAAAAAUAAAAUCACAACCAGGAUUUUGCUUUGUUAAAGUCAGUGCAGUCCGACGUACAGUUCGAGUCGGCCGUCAUCUCAGUCAAUCGUUGGCUGCCGACUCACGCUGGCUGACUUUUCGCAUUGGUGUUGGGUUUUUUAAAAGUGAUUCUGCAUUACGCAAUGCUCACUAGUUACAAAGUGCCAACAUUUUUUUGAACUUGUGGAAAAACCAAUCAUUAACAAAAGCUCAUAAAACUAAUAGCAAGAUUCUUCCGUCAUUUAUUACACAGAGUUGCUCAAUCGGUUUUUCCCCUCACACGCUUUGACUCUCGCCAAUCCCUCACGGAUAUCGUCGACCUACAAAAAGGCCAACAUGCAAAAUAAGUGAAAUUUGUUUCCUUGUUACUUUUUCAUCUUCUUUGGUUUGAGGAGGAAUUUCUUAAUUCGCGUAGUGCCUUCAACUGAGAACAAUGUGUCCGGUGCUCAAAGUGUUAACCAUCGUGAUAUUAGCUUUUGGCAGGCAGGGCCAUGCCAUUGAAUUGAACAAAAAUCAGGGAAUUAUGCUUCCCAAUCAACCGGAACAAAUCGUCAACGCUACCACAAACAUCACAAUCACUUGCGUGUUUAUCCACACGGCCGAAAUUGUGUGGACAUUACCCAAACUCUCUACAGAUGCGGCGAUUGAAAGGCGAAACAACCGGACCACUUACACGACUUUUACGAACGAGACGGAGGGACAGACGUACACCUACUCUACGAUGACGAUGGCCAAGGCCAAGAUUGAAGACACUGGAUCGUACAAGUGCCACCUGAAACCAUUCCCUGACCUUCAAGUUGUGCAAUACAUCUACGUUUACGACGGAAAGAAACUAGUGUUUGACGGCGCAGGGGUGGACAGAAUUACCCUGAAGCAUGGCCAAAGGGCUGAAAUUCCCUGCAAAGUGACCCAUCCGAAUGUUCGUGUCAUACUGAAACGCAGCAGCCGGGUGAUCAUCGAACCUUUAUCCAAGGAGGAACUACAAAAAGAUUUAUUAGCUAUUCCAAACGCAAAAUGGGAAUUUGAUAAGCAAACGGGACUGACGCUGAAUAAAGCGACGUUAAGCGACUACGGGAGUUACGAUUGCCAUGGAACACUAGGAAAAACCACCUCGAAAAUGUUAUUCAACAUCGUUGUUAAAGACGGAAUUGAAUUGACAAGGGACGAGGAUGACGAUGGUCUAGUGCUGGAAGGAAGUAACGUCACGUUAAUCUGCCGGGCUUACUUAUUUUCUUUACCACCCAAAUGGGCGUAUUACCUAAAGGAUGACGAUACCCACCCAAUGUAUAUAAAUGAAACUAACCCACCACCCGAGCUCGAUGGUUUGACAAUAGUGACGGAAAAUUCUACUAUUGGAGGAGAAAUUCAACAAAAUUACAAGAGCUUUUUGGAAUUGAGAAAUGUGAGCAGGAAUUCCCCAACAACAUUCCAAUGCAUGAGUGGAAACAUAAGUGUUAUUCCGAAAUCAGUUAAAGAGGCGCCGAUAUUUUCCUUCAAAGUUUUAGUACCUCAGACGCCAUAUAUUGUCGACCCAAACAAUUCAACAAUUUUUCUGGUCAAAGACCAGCAAUUGAUUUUGAAGUGUGAAGGAUACGGACUACCCCAGCCCACCUUUCAGUGGAUCAAGGAUGGCAUCAUUGUAAGCGGAAAUGACAUCACUUCAACGACGAGCAAUUUGUCUUUUUUAACACUGCAUGGUAUUUCCGGCGAAAAUGGAACUUACGCCUGCCGAUUAAACAACAGUCGACACGAAACAUUCAAAUAUUUCACAGUCAAAUUCGCUGAAGAGUCUCAGCUGUCGACGAUUAUUAUCAGCGUGGUGAUCGUUUUGGCAGUAGUUCUCAUCGCUGCCAUUGGCCUCAGCAUCAAAUUGUAUCACGACAAGAAAAUGAAUUUGUUUCCUGGGGCGCAAGCUCUGCUCAGAGGAAACCCCAACGAAAUGAAUGACGAUUUGAGUUUGGAUGACCAGAUUGAAAUAUUGCCGUACGAUAGACGAUGGGAAUUCCCAAGAAAUCGACUGAAACUCGGUGUACAGCUGGGAGCUGGGUGUUUCGGCCGAGUCGUCAAAGCAGAGGCGGUCGGAGUCAAAGACUCGGAGGAAAACGUCAAAACGGUGGCCAUUAAAAUGGUUCGCUCCCAAACCAACGCCGCUGCUCUCGAGGCUUUGGUCAGUGAAUUAAAAAUUAUGAUUUACUUGGGAGCGCAUUUGAACGUAGUCAAUUUACUGGGGGCCUGCACCAAAACCCUAAUAAGAGGAGAACUAUUUGUGAUCGUCGAGUACUGCCGAUUUGGCAAUUUGCAAACGUACUUGAUUAAUCACCGAAAUAAUUUUGUCAAUCAAGUCGACGAACUUGGCAAUGUCUUGUCGGAUGCGGAAAUGCAGGAAAAGAACAGUGCAAGCAUUAAACGAAAAGAAUGUGCAAUUGAUGGAGACAAGUUGAAAGAUCAAGAGAAACCGGAAUCAGUGAGAUACGUCAUACAACGAACCAGAUCGCAAUCGGUUAAUUCCAACCCUACAGUCGAUGACGUAAACUUGACAGACUCGAUGACAGAUGAAUGUGAGCAGCCUGUGUCGUUCGGUGUUUGCCAAGAAGACCCCGAUACCAAAUUCCAUGGACUGACCAUGUCCACAGCGGAUUUAAUAUCUUGGUCUUUUCAAAUUGCAAGGGGAAUGGAUUAUUUGACCAGCAAAAAAGUUCUACAUGGCGAUUUAGCGGCUCGUAAUGUUCUUCUGGCCGACGAUGGAGUGGCAAAAGUUGCCGAUUUCGGUAUGGCCCGUAAAAUGUAUUACGAAGGCAACUACCAACAAACAGGGCAGAAAUUGAUGCCGAUCAAAUGGAUGGCAAUUGAAUCCUUGACGGAUCGAAUCUUUUCCACCCAAUCUGAUGUUUGGUCGUACGGUGUCCUCCUCUGGGAAUUCUUUACCCUGGGAAAAGUCCCCUACCCAGGAUUGGAAGGUAACCAUCAACUCGUCCGCCAAUUAGAAAAAGGAUACCGGAUGGAAAAACCUGAUUUUGCACCCAAUUACAUUGGUGAAAUUAUGUCCAGCUGCUGGAAAGCGGAUCCGAAAGAGAGGCCAUCCUUCAGCGAAAUGGAGCAAAUAAUCAGCAGCCAAAUGGAGUCGACAGUCAGCGACCACUAUUUAAAUUUAAAUAGUUCGUACGAAAAGCUCAAUCAAUUGAAAGUCAACGCCUCUCCCACCGAACCUUUGGGUCUUGCCAAAGCGCUGGACACCAAAGAGAAAGUUGGAAAAAGGAACUCGUUAAACACGAUACUGUCGCGGAAAAACACCCAAACAAAAACUGAUUCAAAGAGGUUUAGCCUACCAAAUAGCAGUGGACAAGCGGAAUCCAAUCAAGAAUCGAAAAAUGGGCAUGGUAACGUCAACCGAACUGAGAGUUUUAUCAAUCGGAUAACACGCAGAGGAUUUCGUUUUCAUCAAGACUUUGCUGAGAUAUUUGUUUAGUUGACUUUGACCGUCCCAUAGCAUCCCAGGAAACAAAUGAAAUGGAAUAGCGAAUCGCUAGGGCCCUUCAGACCUGUACAUCUCUGUAUGAAAUUUGUAAGACCCUCAGGUUUUAUCUGGACGUUACCAAAAGUUGUUUCGGCCCAUUUGUUGCCAAAUCGCUCUGAUUUUAUCGCUAUCUUACAUGUGCUUUCAAACUUAACGUGUGUAUAUCCUAGAGCGACAUUUUACAUAAUAAAAACUAAUUUCGCUUUUUAAAA